AUUCUGUCAGUAUGAAGUUGAUAACAUUCAAUGGAAAAAAAUCAGAAAACAAGUUUCAGGACUCAGUGGUCAUCUCUGGUCAGAUAUUUAUACAUAUAUAAUUAUAGACUCUCAUGCAAAGUGUUGGGUACUUCCUGUUCAUCAGAACCGGCUGCUAAGAUGUCACCACUGAGAUAAACAGGGAAGGCAAAGGGAUGGGAGGGGAUGAUGAAAGAGGACAGGGAUAUAAUGAGACGUCUGUCCAGUUCAGGAGCAGAAGGUGAGGAGAAGAAGAAGAAGAAGAGCAGAAAGACGCAUAAACAAACUCGCACCACACACCCCGGGAGGAUUUAUCACUAUUCACUGCACCAGUAACGUCCAUGAGGAACAUUACAGGGAUGAAGGAUGAAUGGGUUUUUGUUCUCCUGUUCUCCUCAGUAUGUGGUAUAGAAGCAUAUAUUCCUCAUCGCUAUCACUUUGUGAAUGAGAAUAAAACCUGGAGUGAAGCUCAGAGUUACUGCAGAGAGAAAUACACUGAUCUGGCCUCCAUCAACGACAUGGGAGAGAUGAUGAAGCUGGAUUACACACUGAAGAAGGAAACUGUAAAGAAAGCUUGGAUCGGUCUAAAGAGAGAGGGCACUGGGAAAUGGCAGUGGUCUCUGGCAGACCAAACUUUCUACAGAGACGGAGACACUUACAGAAACUGGAACAGUGGACAACUAGACAACUAUGGGGGAAAUGAGUUCUGUGUUAAUAUGGUGAAAAGCUCUGGUUCCUGGAAUGAUGGGAACUGUAAUAAAAUAUUCCCAUUUGUGUGUUAUGAAGAAAAGAACACAAACACUAAUAGAUACAUGUUUAUUAAUGAGAGAAAGACCUGGUAUGAUGCUCAGACCUACUGCAGAGAGAAACACACCGACCUGGUCAGUGUGAGGAACAAAACUGAGAAUGAGGAGAUCAGGAAAGUGAUUAAAAAUCCAUCUAAUGAAAAUGUUUGGAUUGGUCUGUUUAAUGAUUCCUGGAAGUGGUCAGAUCAGAGUAAUUCCUCAUUCAGAUACUGGAGCUCUGACAAAUCCAGUGGAGAUUUGAACUGUGCUGCAGUGAAUGUGUCUGAUCAAGACCACUGGAUCAAUGUGAGCUGCACAGAAAAACUCCCCUUCAUCUGCCAUGAGAAUAAGCUGAUCCUGAUUAAUCAGAAUCUGACCUGGAAAGAAGCUCUGAGAUACUGCAGGAACCAUCAUUAUGACCUGGUCUCAGUGCGCACUGAGGAGAUGCAGCUCUGGGUGAAGGAAGUGGUUCAAAACACCUCCACUGAACACGUGUGGCUCGGCCUGCGUCACACCUGCGCUCUGGGCUUCUGGUACUGGGUGACUGGAGAGAUGAUCUGCUACCAGGACUGGGCCCCGGGGAACGGGACAGGGUUCGAAGACUGCAGCCAUGUGGAGAGAACCGGAGCAGUGCAGUCUGGAGGAAAGCAGCAGUGGAUCAGCCUGCCUCAGAGCAACACACUCAACUUCAUCUGCUCUACCUAUGAAGGUUAGUCAGUGUGGUGUUUUCGCUGUAGUAGUUCGUGAUAUCAUAAACAUUUUCUAUAUAUUUCUUCUAACACAUUUAAUCAAACAUGAAGUCUGAGCACCAUAUUUGCAACAUCAGUGAAUCCACAUCUUUUUUUGUCAUAUAGAUUAAAAAAAAAUUCUGCCUAUCAAAAUCUUUGAUCCUAUAUGUAAUCUGUGUGUCACACAUACUCCUUUCAUAUUUUCCAAGCAUUAUGUUAUUGAUGCAGAUGAUACUCACUAUAAUAAUAUAGUUUCUAUAAUAAUAUAGUUUCUAUAAUAAUAUAGUUGCUAUAAUAAUAUAGGGUUUUGGGGGGAAUCAGGGUGAAGGUAUUUACUUGUAUCACACUUCAGUGUGUUUGAUGUACACAUUUAUUUUAUUAUGCUUUCCGGAUAAUUAAUCUGUAAGCAACUACGUAAUAUUUCAUCUUAAAUAAUCUUCUAUGAGCAAAUAACACCAUAAAGUCAUAAAUACAGGAUGUUUGUAACAGCUAAAUAAAUUGAUGAUAAAGAUAUUUAUGGUCCAAGAAAGCUUUGCAAUUUGUUUAAUACAUAUGUGGAUGUGUCUCUAUUGUUAUUCAUUUAAGGCAAAAUUUCUCUGUUUUUAAAUAUGAAUAAAUGAGUGUGUAUUUUUUAAACUGUAUUUUUAAUCAGGGGGCGUUGGUGUUUCUAUACCUGUCAUGUACGAUUUUUAAGAUUUUUUAAAUACUGAAUAUGGAGUGUAAUGAUUAUUGGAAUUAGUUUCUGAAGUAAAAUAAAUCUCACGUAUCGUGUUGAGGUGUUUUUAUUUGAUUGAGUUUUUUUGUAGUUAUUUAAUAUUAUUUAUAAUGACCUGUAUACACCUGUGUACAUUUGCUGUAAAUACCGUACACACAGUUAUAAACAGUUCGGAUUAGUGUUAAGGAAAAUACAAUCGUAGCGUUGGUUAUAUGAUUUGUAAAUUAAAUUCAAUUCAAUUAUUUCUACUUGUUAGAAUUCCUAACUGUUUCUUUUGGCCUCCAACACCAAAUGACAUCUAAAGCCGUAGAAUCAUAAAAUCAGCAUCAUAUUUGGAGAGUGGAAGGUGUUUGACCUAUGAGCAGGUUGUUUUCUUGUAGAACCAAUCAUAGACCCUCGAUGAGGUGAGACAGCCAAUCAGACACACUCUCAUCCAGACAUAGUGAGUUUGUUGAAACCUCCUAUUUACUACCUGGAUCACCAAAGUUCAAAGAGCGCAUUCCGAUCUGUGUAACACAAAGAACUGAACUUUUCUUCAGAGAUUAUUUCAAAAACAGCUGGACAGAAUGAAGCAUUAAUCCCAACAUCUGUUCAAAACCAAAAACUCAAGAUGGCUACACACCAGAAAACUC